AUGGACAAAUCAGAAGCUCUUGAUGCCGCAUCCUUGAAGAAUAGUGCAUCUUUCUUUGGAAACACCAAAGAAACUCCUUCAUCCUCCUCCUGUCCCGUGCGCUUGAGCUCAACCACUGCAUGUCCUGUCGAUCAUGGCAAGAAACAAGUUACAGAAUCUGCUACUUGUCCUGUAAACUAUGGAAAAGGCAUUUCUGCUGGGAACGCGGAUGAGGACUUGAACCCUUUAAAUAACAUGCCUAUGGCUAUCUCCUCAGAAAAGGCACCUGGUCAAAGGAUCGCAUUGCCUACCGAAAGGACUAUUUCUACUAUCCCAAAGGGAGAGAGUAACGACAUGGGUACAUGGGAAUACCCUUCCCCACAGCAGAUGUUGAAUGCAAUGUUGAGAAAAGGUAAGGGGAAUGGUAUUGAUGAAGAAGCAGUAGUUUCUAUGGUUGAAGUUCACAACUUUUUAAAUGAAGGAGCAUGGCAACAAAUUUUGGAAUGGGAAGACAAGUAUACUAAAGAUACAAAAGUGGAGCCCAGAUUGUUGAGAUUCACAGGAAGACCCAAUGAUUUGUCUCCUAAAGCUUCAAUGUAUUACUAUUUAUCAAAGGUAUUCCCUCAAACUUUCAGUUCGGACUUACCUUUUGACAGACAUGAUUGGACUGUUUUGCGGUCCUCGGGGAGAAAUGGAGAUUGGAAGCAGGUUCGUUAUGUUAUUGACUAUUAUAGUGCUCCAGAUGAUGAAGAAACAGGGAUGCCUGCUUUCCUGUUGGUUACAAGACCUGCAUUGGACUCUCCAACUGCUUGUUGGGACAGAUUCUCACAUUGGAGUUAUCCCCUUUAUAAGAGAGCAAUGGGGGAGUUUGACGAUUUGUAA